AUGCCCAGCCUUCCCGUUCUGCUAGUGCUGGUCUGGGGCGUGGGGUCCCAUGGCUUCCUUGCGGCGACCUCAGGAGAGCAAGAUGAGGAGGUGGUCCAGAACUACCUGCAGAACUACUACACCGAGGAUUGGAACCAACAAAUCGUAAGGCAGAGGAACAGCAGCUUGGUGACUGAGAAGCUGAAGCAAAUGCAGGAGUUCUUUGGGCUGAAGGUGACCGGGAAGAUAGAUGCUGACACCCUGAAUCUGAUGAAGCAGCCCAGAUGUGGGGUGCCCGACGUGGCUCAGUACGCCAUCACUGAUAGGACCCUCCAAUGGGAGCACACACACCUGACCUACAGGAUUGAAAAUUACACACCAGAUUUGCCAAGAGCAGACGUGGACAGUGCCAUUGAGAAAGCCUUUCAACUCUGGAGUAAUGUGUCGCCCCUGACCUUCACCAAGGUCUUUGAGGGGCAAGUGGACAUAAUGAUAUCCUUUUUCUGGAGAGAUAACUCCCCCUUCGGUGGACCUGGAAACAUUCUUGCUCAUGCCUUCCUCCCAGGAAGAGACAUUGGAGGAGAUAUUCAUUUUGAUGAAGGAAAAACAUGGACCAAUGAUUUCAGAAAUUUCAACUUGUUCCACGUCCCAGCACAUGAAGUGGGCCAUUCCAUUGGACUUUUUCAUGGUAACAACAUUGGUUCCUUGAUGUUCCCCAGCUACAACUACUAUGGGGAUGUCCUGCUGUCUCAGAAGGACAUCGACGCCAUCCAGGCCCUCUACAGACCUUCCAAAAAUCCCAUCCAGCCGAGAGAACCACAAGUACCACGAGCCUGUGAUGGCAAGUUAACAUUUGAUGCUCUCACCAAAGUUCGUGGAGAAUUAUUCUUCUUUAAAAACAGGUUCUUCCUACGCACGACUCCCUCCUACGAAAUAGUGGAUCUCAGUGUCAUUGCUGACUUCUGGCCAUCGCUGUCCAGGGUAGUUGACGCUGCUUACGGCGUUGUUAACAGAGAUGAAGUCUUCUUUUUUAAAGGUAGUAAAUACUGGGCCUUUAAUGGGGAUCAGAUGGCGCAAGGCUACCCCAAGAACAUCUACCACUCCUUGGGCUUCCCACAGAAGGUAAAGAAAAUUGAUGCCGCUGUUCACGAGGAUGAAACUGGGAAGACGUACUUCUUUGUUGCCAACGAGUAUUGGAGGUAUGAUGAAAAUACACGGUCUAUGGAUACAGGUUUUCCCAAAGAGAUAGCUCAUGGGUUUCCUGGAAUUGGCAAAAAAGUUGAUGCUGUCUCCCAAGAGGGAGGACUUUUCUAUUUCUUUCAUGGAAAAAGGCAGUACAAAUUUGAUCCUAAAACAAAGCGAAUUUUGACUCUCAUGAAAAUGAACAGCUGGUUCAACUGCAAAAAUAAAUGA